AAGAAAAUACAAUAUUAAUCAUUUAGUUGGUGCUCCGUACCAUCCUCAGAGUAAUGGAGCAGCAGAGAGUGCGGUUAAAAUUAUCAAAAAUUUCAUAAAAAAAGUCAUAAAAAAUAACCAAAUGAAUGACAUAAUUGACUUAUUAAAUAAUUUCUUAUUUCAGUACAGAAAUACUCCACAUACAACCACUGGAGAAACACNUACAAAAAUUUUAUUUGGAAAGUCAAUUAGAUUUGUUUUUGAUUUACUCAAAUCAAGCACAAGUGAUGUGGUAGAAAAGUGCCAAACUAAGCAAGUAAUAAAUGGUGGGAAGAGAGAUGUAAAUUUCACAGUAAAUGAAAAAGUGAUAGUUCGUGAUUAUAGAUCACCAUCUAAUAAAUGGAUCUCAGCUGUUAUUUCAAAAAUAUUAGGCAGUAGAACAUAUGAGGUGACAACUAAUGAUAAUUUAGUUUGGAAACGUCAUACUAAUCAAAUUUUAAAAAACAAUUCCUCUUUCAUAGAAAAUACUCCUAUCACUGAUAACAAUGAUUCCUUUUUAUCUGAUCUCACUAUUAAACAAUCUAGUCACAUAGUUAAUAAUCCAAAUAGUAAUAACAGAAACAAUAUUAAACAAAGACCUAAGAGAACAAUAAUAAAACCUCUUAAAUUUAGGAAUUAACACAAUUAUUUAAUGUUAAAAAUUUUAUAUAUAUAUGUAUACACAUUUCAUAUCAUAUUUGUGAUGUACAUUUCAAAUUCAAUUUGUAUUUUUAAUUAAUUAUCUUUAGUGGGGAAAUGUUAUAUACUACACUGUAAUAUCAGUGUGUGUUAUCAUAGUUUUAAGAGUUAUCAAUGUUCAUGUUAACCUAAAUAUAUGAAGAACACACGAGAUGUAUGAAAAAGCUUUUUUUAGAUUAAAUAAAAUAUAUUCAUUUUAAAAUAAAUGAAAUUUGUAUUUAAAAUAUAUAUUAGUCCUAUCAAAAUAUAGAACAUAAAUUGGCGACGAGGAUACGAUGUUGACCAGAAAUACAGCUACUGGCAAUAAUGGACAGGCCUAUAUUGGUCUUGGUCACAUG